AUGUUUGCAUCUGUGGUUCUGGCUCCGAGUCUGUGGUUCUGGCUCGGAGUCUGUGGUUCUGGCUCGGAGUCUGUAGUUCUGGCUCCGAGUCUGUGGUUCUGGCUCCGAGUCUGUGGUUCUGGCUCCGAGUCUGUGGUUCUGGCUCCGAGUCUGUGGUUCUGGCUCCGAGUCUGUGGUUCUGGCUCCGAGUCUGUGGUUCUGGCUCCGAGUCUGUGGUUCUGGCUCCGAGUCUGUGGUUCUGGCUCCGAGUCUGUGGUUCUGGCUCCGAGUCUGUGGUUCUGGCUCCGAGUCUGUGGUUCUGGCUCCGAGUCUGUGGUUCUGGCUCUGAGUUUGUGGUUCUGGCUCCGAGUCUGUGGUUCUGGCUCUGAGUCUGUGGUUCUGGCUCUGAGUCUGUGGUUCUGGCUCUGA